UGAAUCACACACCAAUCGAAUCGAGCAGUGUGUCCUUUACAGUAAAUCAGUAUCAAAAUGCCUCUGGGUCGCUCGUUAUUACGGACUGUAACACUCAGUAGAAUCAUUAGCAGAAAUGCUUUUACAGCAAGCAAACCAGAUUCAUCCAAACCAAAUAUGCUUCGAGUGGGUCUAACAUUAGGAACCACAGCUCUACUGUGGGGACUGCUCUUCAAACAGCGCAGUACUGACCUGCAGGAAUACAAAGCAAGAAAUGGACUAGAGUAACACAUUGCAACACGGUACAUUUCUAUCUUCAUGUUCCUACCUUGAUAGAUGUUUGUGUGAUCAUACAAUAAUGUAUAAUAAAAUGUUUAUGGAUGAAA